GCAAACAGCAGCCAUUUAUUAUCUCCUGACUUUUCUACACCCUCUCUCUAUCUACCUCUAUGCCAUACCCAAAUCUUCCAAAAACUAUAAGAUUUACAUAUAUACAUCACACAUGUAUAUGUAUAUAUUUACACACAAGAUGCACAACCAGACCCUCUUCUUUGUCUCUAAGAAUGGUCCAGCUGGACCUGGACCUGGACCAAGUUUUGUAGAGAAGGAAAAUAAAAAUAAAAACCAAAAAAUAAAAAAAAUUAUGGAAUUGGAAGGAUAGGGAGGAAAGAAAGACAGAGAGAUAUGUCUCCUAUUAUCCUCCAACCACAGCUCUCUCCCAAACACAUAAUCCACUUCCCACAAAUGCCCUUCUGCAUAUCCCAUCUUCAUCACUCGUUCCUUCCACUCUAUCUCCAACCUUCAUGGGCCUUUUCGGUUUCUUACAUUCAUGGACUCCACACAGAGACCCAAUUCAAGAUUCUCAGUAUCCCAUCUUUCCAUAAUUACCUUUUGUUAUUAUUACUAACUCUCUUUUUUCUCUCUCUAUAAUCUCAUACCUUAUUUUCCAACUCCAAUUGGGUCUCUGUUUUUUUCUUUGCUUAAUCUCCAAGUUUUGUUUUUGUACUUGUGGUUUCAGAGAACAAGUUGAGAAAGGUUUUAAUGGGUUCUCAUCAAUUUUCUGCCUCCUCCUCUAUCUCUCUCUAAAAAACGUAGGUUUCAUCUUUUAGAGUUGUGGCUAAAGAUUCAAUUUUGGAGUUGGAGGUGAAAAGGGUUUUGAAUUUUUGUCAUUAUAUGUAACAUUAGACUAAGUUUUGAUGUUGAAGAGGCAAUUUUGAAGACUAAGAUGAAAAGGGUCUCCAUGGAUUCUCAUCAAUCUCGUCCUAUUGAUGGUGGGAGGGUUAAGGUUAAAUAUCAAAAUUUAUUGCAAGAUUACUUGGAAUUGCAAAAGGAAUUUGUUUCAAAGAAGAAAAAAGCGCAAGCUGUAAAGCUAUACAGAGAGAACCUUUUGGCUGAAGUCCAAUUUUUGAGACAAAGGCACAGACAUUUAUUGAAGUUACAAUCGCCCAAAGGCAAAGCAGAAUUUGUUCAACAACAGAACUCAGAUAUAGGCAUUCAAUUGCUUGCAAAUGAGAUUGACAACAAUGUCAAUGAAGCUGUUCUAAAACAUCCAUCUCCAGUUCUGGCUAUGACGCCUAUUUUGAAUGAUGAACAGGAACUGAAAAGGAAAGAAGACAUUGUUUGGGAACCACUGAGAGUAGGGAAGAAGCCUAAGAAUUGCAUGAUCAAUGACAAAAGAGUUGGGAAGAAGAAAAUCUCAUUGCAAGAUCAGGAACCCUCAUCUUCCACAAAGGAGAGUUCGGGAAGCAAAUGAACUUUAUAUUUAGAGAGAGAGGAUGGACAUUUGAUGAGAAGAAAUAGUAUGAGCUUUGUUGUACAUUCAUGAAAAGAAAUAGAAUAUGGACAUUGAUGGGAUCUCUAUUAACAAACAAAUAUAGCCAAAUGUUAAAACAUGAUACUGAUAAUUCUACAUUCCAAGCCAGAAUUGGGAGUAACAAACUUUUCUGAACUACUUAGGGAAAUUGAAUUUACUUAUUUACAUAUGAAAUUAGCAAAAAUCAAAAUGUGCUUCCUCCUCACAACACAUCUUCUAGCUUCUUGCUAGUGGAAAUCGUUUUUCCCCAUUAUCUCCAUUAGCAAUUAGAAUCCUUAUGGAAUCUUUAACCUCCAAGUGGAGUUUAUUGAUUAUUACACAAUCUUCAGAUCCAUUCUCUUCAUCUCUUCCAAGACAAUCUUCAGCUUCAUACUUUGCAACUUAAAACUUUGGACAUGAAAAAACAGAGCGACCAGGCAGUGUAGCAUAUUCUUUUCGGUUCUGUCCUCCAAAUAUUUUACUUGGAACAUCAUAAAAACAUUUGAUGAAAUGCAACCAGAACCA